AGCCCCCCUUGGCUCAAGCGUGCUGAGCGGAGCCUGAGCUUUACAGCUUGCAGCGCUCUUGCGAGGUUGGCCCUGCCAGCCUACGCGACCACUCGCUUUUGGUAGGUCCCGCUCGCGCUCCGGUUCCCGCGGGAUGGACCUCCAGGAUGGUGGCGUGGCCGCAGAGGACGGCGGCGAGGCCGCGGGCGAGGACACCGCCGACACCUGCGCCGGCCCACCCUCGCGCAAGCUCCUCGAGGCGGCUGUGGACGCGGCGUGGGCGAAGCAGUCGUGCGAGCACUUUGCCGAGCAGUCUCCCGUGCCGUCCUUCGCCUCCUCCGUGCCGCCCCUCGCCGAGCACUCCGCCCCGUUCACGGGGGAGGAGCCCGUGGACCUGGGCCCGCACGUCUCCGGUCCGCUGGGGGGCGCCUUCUCGUUCAUGUGCACCUUGAGGAUGGACAGCCUCGAGAGCUGGUCGCGCGUGUUCGAUUUCUCGGUCGCGGCCGACGAGGACAGCAUCACCGCCGGGGCCAUCGAGCUCACGCGCAACCUGCACUUCACGGUCUUCCGGGGCAGGAAGCCCAUCAGCGUUGCCGUGGAGAACUUCUUCGAGCUCGGGCGCGAGCUCACCAUGCUGUGCACGGUGUCGCCCUCGGGGCACAUGAGGGUGUUCAAGGACGGCGCGCUCGUUGGCGAGAACAUUGAGGGAAUGGCGCCACUGGAGCUGGCGAGGCCGCACAUGGUCGUCGGCGGCCAUUUCCUGUUUCAAAACCAGGCCUUCCGUGGCAGCCUCAAGGACGUCAAGGUCUGGGGGCAGGAGCUCCCGUGGCCGGCGCCUCAGGAGGAGGAGGCGCCGGCGCCCGGCGCGGCGGCGGAGGGCGCCGCCCCCGAGCCGGGCGAGGGCGCCGCCGCCGCGGGGGAGGGCGGCGCGGUCGCGGAGAGCGACGGCGCGGAGGACUCCGCCCCGCCGCCCGAGCUGGAGCAGCCGCCGGCCUCCCCGGAGGCGCUGGCUGGCACUCCUGCCGCCGCGGCGGAGGAGGCCGCCGCACAAGGGGACGGCCAGGUGCCGCCCCCUACGGAUACUGAGGAGGUCCCCGCGAGCUGAUUGACGCGACCUCUAAGGGCGACCUAUGCGGGAG